AUGAAUUAUCUGGCUUCCAUAGCAGCCUUUGUUUUUGUGCUUUCUUGUAUCUCCAUGGGUAAGUAGAAAUCGAUUCAUACCAAUUUUUUCUCAUGGCUUAUGAUAUUGAUUUGUUGUAUCUCCUUCGAGUAAAAAGGUGAUGACAGAAUUGAAAAGAGGAACUAGAAGAGACUUUAAGUUACCGAUCCCGAUUCUUUUUCUUGCAAGUUCGAAAUAUACUUUCUUUGCACACGAAAAAAGGGGGCGAAGUGAUACGGAAAUGACUAGCCAAAUUUGGUCAAAUUUAGCCAUUAUGAAACACAAAAAAACAAAAUUGAGAAAAAUAUAAAAUAACUGAAAGAGUAUCUCAAGACAAGAGAAGGAAAGCAGCAAAAUAAUAAUAAAAAAAAGGCACAUGUGGACAAAAUUAAGGGUGCCUUUUUUGAAAACCUUCCGGUUUUUCAGUUUUUCAGAGGUUUGUUCAGUUCUAAACUUUGAUAUAACAGCCUUGCGAGACAUACUUGUUUGUCACGAGGCUGUGACGAUUUUUAUUUUAUUUUAUGAUUUAACUUACGUACGACAGUAUCAGUAACGGGGGAGAAAACCGUAGACUUCUUUUUUAAACAGUUUACAGCCAGAGAUCUGGCAAAUUAGGAGAAGUUGUAAUGUCGAUGUUUCUUCGAUAUGGCAGAUUUUCAACUAUUUUUGUAGCAUUGCAAGCUUAUUGUAUAAAGCUUUUUAUCGAUUAUUCCGUUUUCGUUUCUGUAGAAUAGCUAGGGAAAAGUUCAGGGCAAAUGUUAUUGGAUUUGACAGUUUUGAAAUUUUCCGCAGUUUGUAAGUUUAAGCACAAGAGCAGUAAGAGCGCGUUUUCAAAGAAUAUUUGAGUGUCUUUACAUGGAGAAAUUUGCCUUAGGGCUACGACCACAACCUUUAAAUGGGUAAAGAAAAGAUUGUAAUCGGAUUAUGCUAGGUAAUUAAUAAAGGUUAAUAGGUAUUUUCAGGGGUCCUUUUUGCAUGCACUGUGAAAUAGGAAUUCCCACACGAUUUCAUAGAAUCCUUAAUAAGUGUGCGGAAUGCUUCCGAUACAUACCACCUACACUUUACACCAAAACUUCAACCCUAUUUCAGUCUAAUUUCAGGAAUGAAGCGAUAUUUUUAGAAGAUCAAUUUUACAAGCAUACUCUAAAGUUUGCGUUACUUACAAGACUCUCCAUGGACUCGCCCCUGCUUAUAGUAAAUAUCUUCUUCAAAGUUACCUCCCGGCACGGGAUAUCUUAUAGGUCUUUAAAGAUAAAUCUGCUAGCCGUUAACGUGCUUUUAAGAUAAGCAGUUAUGGCCGUUGUGCUUUUUCUGUUGCUACGCCGCUUCUUUGGAACAGUCCUCCUCAGCAUAUUAGGGAUGCUGGAUCACUGGACAUUUUAUGCGCUUUUUUAAAUUGAUGACUCGACUGUGGUGUUUUUAUAUGUUACAUCAUCAGCAGGGGGCACAAGAUAAGUCUGGGAAGACGUGUGUCGCCGAUGCCUUCAAACCCUGAGCCAACCCACAAAAAUUCUUCGUUUCUCUACCUUGUUUAAGACAAGAGAACUUCGUUCGUAACCCUGAAAAGCAUUUUCAAAGGCAGAUACGUGUUUACGCUCUAGUUACAGAGAAUACUAUCCAUUUAUUCAUUUACUUAUUCAUAUAUUUAUUCAUUGAUCUACUUAACAUAUUUUUUAAGGUUAUGGACUAAAGUGCAAAUCGUGCAUGGUUGAUGGCGGGUGGGAUGAAUGCAAAAAUUAUACAGACGUGAUGACUUGUCCAGCUGGUCAGGAUCGCUGCGCCAAAGCGAAAGCAGAAGCCUUGGUUGGAAGCAAGACGUACACUUACUAUGUCAAGAGUUGCGCCUUUGACAAAGAAUGCAAAGAGAAAGAUUGUAGCCGAAUAGGUCAAAGGAUUCCAAACUUCAAGAAGAUCAUCAAGUGCAAUGUGGCCUGCUGCAAGACUGACCUGUGUAAUGAUGGAGCUGGAAUCUCAAUGGUCAGCGGCUUUACGCUGUUUAUAUGCGCUCUUGUAGCAUUAACCCGUUCGAAGGUUUCCAAAGACUGA